GCCUGGCUGGAAGCUGGGCUGACGGAAACUGCCUGAAUACAGAAUCAGAAACAAUAGUUCUGAGUGCCCUGGAACUUCAGCCGGCAGGCCUUUGGCUAGAUUCUUUCCCGUAUGCAGGCCAGCUCCAGGCUGCCUCUAACAGGAUUCGUGGUCUGAGUUUUGCCAUGUUCUACGUACAUAAAGAGUGUAUCCCUUGUGUUGACUGGGAGGCAACUUUUUGUCUUGAACAGUAUUCUGAUUUCUGACACUAAUGGCCUUAAACAAGAUGAAGGAUUUGAAAAUUGAUGAAAUGGAGCGCUUAACUAUGGACUACGUAGAGGGGAUUCUUCAACCCACACCCACCUGCGAUAUCUGGGAUCAGAUCUGGAACUUCCAAGCCAAGCCUGAUGAUUUGCUAAUUUCUACCUACCCUAAAGCAGGAACAACAUGGACUCAGGAGAUAGUGGACUUAAUACAAAACGAAGGUGAUGUUGAGAAAAGUAAACGAGCACCUACUCAUGUACGAAUUCCUUUCAUUGAAUGGAUAAUUCCAUCUAUAGGAUCUGGUUUGGAACAAGCUAAUGCGAUGCCCUCACCCCGGACCCUGAAAACCCACCUUCCCAUCCAUCUGCUGCCUCCAUCCUUCCUAGAGAAAAAUUGUAAGAUAAUUUAUAUAGCAAGAAAUCCCAAGGACAAUAUGGUAUCCUACUACCAUUUCCAAAGGAUGAAUAAAGCACUUCCUGCUCCUGGAAUCUGGGAAGAAUACUUUGAGAGUUUCCUGUCUGGUAAAGUGUGCUGGGGUUUGUGGCAUGACCAUGUGAAAGGAUGGUGGGAGGCCAAAGUCUACCACCGCAUUCUCUACCUCUUCUAUGAGGACAUGAAGAAGAACCCAAAGCAUGAGAUUCAGAAGAUUGCAGAAUUUAUUGGAAAGAACUUAGAUGAUGAAGUUCUAGAUAAAAUUGCCCAUCACACUUCAUUUGAUGUAAUGAAGUGUAAUCCAAUGGCAAACUAUACAUCGAUUCCUCCUGAAGUCAUGGACCACUCCAUUUCUCCAUUCAUGAGAAAAGGGUCAGUGGGAGAUUGGAAGAACUACUUCACUGUGGCUCAGAAUGAAAGAUUUGAUGAAGACUACAAGAAAAAAAUGGCCGAUACCAGUCUAACUUUCCGCUUCCAGUUCUAGUAAGGAACAAAAAAGGACUAAACAUGUAUUUGAAAAGUUUAUUACCCAGACCAAAUGAUACUGAUUCAGGUUCUCAGACUAGUUUUUUACUGUUUUUGCUCUUGCUCACUCUACUAACAGAAAAAGUGAUAAAGAUAGCAGAGGUUGGGCACAAAAUGGUAGGAGUGAGGGUGGCAAAGUGUAGGGAAAGAGGUUCAAUAAAGUUCUAGUUACAAUUGUGGUAUAACUGAUAAUCAUCACUAUAUUUAAGUUUUCUACAAACCAUGUGCUUGUUAACCUAUUAAAAAUGCUUCAGUCCUCACAUAAGAAUACAUUAAAGUUUACACAUUAGCCAUAGUUCAAGAUACAUUUUAAAUAAAGCACUAAAUGUGAAAAUAGGAACUAUUUCUUUCAGAAAUUUCUCAGUAGUCAAGUAACCAUCAAGUGACUCAGUUUCCCCAUGAAAUCUUCCAAUUCACUUUAGAAUUUUUAGUGUAAUACAUCUAACUAGACUCAUUGUCCCACCCUCAGCUAAUGCUAGGAUCCAAUCGUGUAUUUCCUUUUUCUCUAUUUAUAGUAGAGGAAUAUUUUUCCAGACAACCAAAGAUGGAAGCCUGAAGUCAUCUUUUGACACACCCCCUCCAAUGCCUCUACAAUCAUAUUCUAAUUUGUCAGCAGCAUCAGUUUUAUCUCUAUAUGAAGUUUCUUACUUCCAUCAAACCAUUGUUUUCCUUUCUAUUUCUAUAGCCACCCUCCUGGUUCAAAAAUUUUUUACCCCUUCCCUAGACUAGUAUAAUAGCUUCCUAACUCAUUUUCCAGUUCAUCACACAAGAUUAUUUUCCUAAAAUAAGACUCUGAUUAUGUCGCUCUUUAGUUCAAAUCCUUUGAUGAUUCUGAAUUUUCACUACCUGAAGGAUAAAUUCCAAGCUUUUUAGCCAUGAAUUCAAAGGCAGUGAUAACCAUCUGAGUCCAAUUUUCCUUUCCAGCUUGAUUUCAUCCUCCAAACCAUCUCCCUAUUUCAGCAAAUCAGCCUACUCACGGGGCCCUGAUCACAACUUACAGGUUCCUACCCUUCUAGUUUUGUUUACACCUUGCCUCCACCUGAAAUACUUUCCCUUUUUCUUUCUACCUAUCCAAAACGUAUAACAUGCCUCAAUAACCAGCUCAAACCCCUCCCAUUCCUCCUCCAAAUAUUGCAACCCAAAGAGAUCACUUGCUCUUCUGAAGUCUCCGGCACUUGGUAUAAUUCUUUUAUGAUUAAGAUUAAAGUAUAUUGCAACAUCUAUUA